AUGCUGCCAGUUGACAAGAUCUGGCCGCACACAAUUGCUGAAGGCGUUCGUGCUAUAAAAUUGGGGGAUCAACCUAGCAUUCCCGGCUCAGCAGCAGGAUCUAGAUCAAGGCCAACAGAUGGCAUCCUCGAGGUCGUCUCCACACCCGACCGUGGCCUUGCUGUCUUCUCCGCUCGCAAAAUCAAAGCCGGGACGCUUGUGCUGGCCGAGCGCCCCCUAAUCUCGCUGGACAAGCACGAGGAGAACGAUGCCAGCGCGAUUGAGCGCGAAUUCUCCAAACUCUCUCGCGCCGAACAAAAGGUCUACCUGCGCCUCUUCGAUGCACAGAAGUCGCGCAUGUCCCAGGUUGUCUCUGUAUACUACAGCAACUGCUAUAACUGCGAAGGUUUCCGACCCAGCGGCAAAGGCGGCUCCGCGAUCGGGGCAUUGUCGAGCCGCAUCAAUCACAGCUGUGUUCCCAACCUGCAAUUCUCCUAUGACGCGAACAGCAACGAGAUGAGGUUUUACGCCAUUCGGGAUAUCUCCAGGGGAAAGGAGAUGUGCAGUAACUACGACAAGGUGGUCUUUGAGGUCACGGCGAAGCGGCAGAGAAAGCAGCAAAUGUACUAUGGUUUCGUGUGUCGCUGCGAGGCGUGUGAGCCGAAGAAUGAGUUCUGGGCCAAGAGCGAUGAGCGGAGAAUGGGCAUGUACGACGCCAUUCGAGCUGUACAGCGGUGUGAGAAGAAUCUGUCUGCGGAGAGCGGGACAGUAAUCAGUGAGGAAGAGCAGCAAGCCAGACGGGUUGAACUAGCGGAAGAAGCUUUGAGGUCCUUGGCGAGGCUGGAGGCGCUAUUGCUGAAAGAAAGCCUCGUGGGAGCGCCCUUGGCGAACACUUACCGGAGCAUGGCGAAGUGGGCCGAGAGAAAAGGCGAUAGAGGAGCUGACGAGGCUGUCAUAUGGAGGAUAAAGGAGCUCGAGGUAUGCAUUACUGCUUUCGGAGAAGAUGCUCAGCGGACCAAGGACAUUAAGGCCAAGCUGGUCCUACAACAAACUAGCACGCAUUUGAUGUGA